GCUCAGUCCGUCCCGUGCCGUCGAGGCGUUCGGUGUUGCUACCCUGUUCUCCUGUUGCCGUGGAAGCCCCACGCUUCUCAGUAGCGCUGCUUUUCCCUCACGCGCUUCCAACCUCCCCGAUGAGUUUCUAACUUCGUCAGUGUCUUCCUUUCAUACACUUUAACUGGUGACAUCGAAAGAAGCUGCAUUUUAAGAAUGGCAGUUCCCAAAUGUGACUCCUGUCUGCAUUGUGUUUGUCUGAGAUUUUGUUUGUAGGCUUCCAUAUCGCAUCAACACAGCCGAAGAAGCCCAGUCAGUAUAAAGUUACUUAGAGAUCUCAGGAACCCUACCCUGGCUACCACCAUGACGGAGGCAGAGGAGUUGACCAAACAGGUGGAUCUCGUCUACAAGAACCUGCUGGACAAGUUCAACCCGGCGGCCAGGAAUCUCAUCACGGCUGGUAAAGCGUACCUGAAGGCGCUCCACGCUGAAGGCCUUCUACGUCGACCUGCUGGUUCCCCUCGAGACCAACCUAGACAAGGACACCAAGGUGCUGCAGAGCGAGCAGAAGAAGUUCCUGUCAUCACACAAGCACCAGCUGGAGACCUACACCAAGGCCGCCUCCCAGGUCAAGAAACACAAGAAGAAGAACCGAGCCACUAAAGGAUCCAUGGACAAGGAGAUAAAGCAAUAUCAGGCGUUGGAGGAGGAGAAGGUGAAGCUGGACGCCUUCGUGGAAACCAGCCUUCAGAAUGCUGUGACUCAGGAGAGGCGUCGGUAUGGAUUCAUUUUAGAGCGUCAGUGUUCACUAGCCAAGCAUUACCUGGCAUACCAUGCCAAGGGCUCUAAUCUCCUACAGCACACCCUUGACAAUUGGAAUGAUGUUGCCAAGACACGCGAGGCACUCCCAGAACGUAUCCGGACCAUGUUACCCUCUGCCAGACCUAAGGAUGACGGUAUCUACUCGAUGCCAAUGUGCCUUGAAGAUGAUGCAAUGUCAGUUACCUCACAAAUGAGAAAAGCACGAUCAGUUGAUGCUUCUUGUCUUGACCUUAGCAAUGUUGGAGAUGAAAUACCUACACGUCCUCUAACUCGAGCUAGGUCAGAGUUCAAUCUUGACCAUAGAUUCGCUCCAGAUAAUAUGAUGCUACGAAGGUCUAUGGCAAUACCGGAGGACAUGGGACGAAGAGCCAUGGCAAGGGCUUUGUACUCUUACACACCCAGUGGCGAUAACCAGCUCUCAUUCAGCGAGAUGGACCUCAUUGCCCUUAUUGGUGAGAAGAAUAAAGGCUGGCAGUAUGGAGAAAAUUUAAGGACCCAACGUUGCGGAUGGUUCCCUGUUGCAUACACCGAAAUUAUCCAUGAAGAAGAUGACUCCGCUCUUGGUUCAAUGAGCACACAGCAUCCAAAGAGUAGAAAUAGCAUAGAUGACCCCCAGACCAGCACCCCAGCUGCAGGUAGCAGUGACGGACACAGUGGUGAUGCUACCCAGCUCCCUCUUGCCCAUACCCAGCGUUACCCCUCUAAACACAGAUCCUCCAGUGCUCAUGCCGUGCAGUUCCGAGCCCCUAGUCCCACCACCACCUCCAAUGCCAGUACCUCCACUUCUUCCGCGGCCCUUUCAAUGUCACAACCCUCCGCUUCAUCUACCGCCUCUUCCAAAUCAUCACAUGUAGCAUCGUCCCAUGAGACAUUGAGAACCUCCACCACAGCCUCUUCCAGUGCCAAUACAGUUCUUUUCAACCACGCAUUCAUGGAACCUCUCCCACCUCGUGUGGCAGCCCCAUCCCUGAAGAAGUCCCCUAGCCAGCCUCAGUCCCACUCUCGGCCAGGGUCAAAUUCUUUCACCAGUAACACUCUCACUCCUGGCUCUUCAAUGACCUUGAGUCGAUCCUUUACAACCACUGCCGUAUCUUCCCACCUCUCUACACGCUUCCAGAAGAGAGGAAGUGGAAAUUCCUCUUCAUUCCAUUCAAGUGAUGAUAGUGGCUUUAGUAAUGAAAGUGGCAGCGUACGACCUCCAGUCAAUCCUGAUGCUGACUACUCUGAUGAUGAUCUUAAUGGAGUUGCCUCACAUUCCAUGAAUAGUCUCAGCUCGCGGUGGUUGAGGUCUGCCUCGACUCUGCCCUAUGACUCAGAGCCUGUAUCUCUUCCAUGUCUUCUGAACUCUGAGUCAUUGAGUUCCAGUGAGCCACAGUCCAUACAACAUAUUCCACCACACCAGGAUGCCACUGUAACUCUCCCAACACCAGGACGCAGACAUAAGGUUUUGAAAGGGAAGCACUAUCGAGAUCUUUCUCUUCCCUCUCUGGGCAUCGAUCAUUUUGUCACUAUGGCCCGUAGAAAAACCAACAAAGCAACUCCAAAUGCCCCCUGUGCCCAGAAGAUUGCUGCUCAACGGGAACGGGGGAGAGAACAAGGAAGAGCGAAGAGAACUCUACGCCGGAGCUCAUCUUUACUCUGUCUUGGCAUGGACACCUGCACAGGAAUCCCAGAAGAUCUCCUGAGUGUUGACUAUGAAGACGUUUGGUCUGAAAGUUGGAGACACUCUUCACUUGUGGACUUGUUUGCAAACAUCCCUGAUCCUCCAUCUUUUCAGCCUCCUUCGCCACCCACUUCUACUCCCAGUUGGUCAUCAGUAGACUAUUCGAUCCGGCCUCCUAUGCCUAUCCCACAAGAUGGCCAACAAUCUUCUGUUUCAUUUACUGACACUAUCACAAAUGAAAUAUCUCCACAGAACUCAUCAUCUGGAAACAGUACACUGACAGGCAGUGAUGAGGAAGACGAAGAAGUUUAUAUGGUUGUAAGUGACCACCGUCAAGAGUUACGGAAAACCAUCACUCGCGCUCAGUCUAGGAAACAAGUGUCCCGCUCUCUAACCUGGACAUCUCCAGCCCAUCGUUCCUGUUCUUCUCCUCUGAACCUUCCACUGUCAGUCUCCAAUAAAUCUUCAAGCAGCACAUUAUCAGCAAAACACAAGUGGAUUAGACGAAGCCAGUCUCCUAGUUGUUCAGAUCAAUCAUCCCAACAGAGCAGUCAUGAAUACAGAUCUUCUCAGUCCAGUUAUUCCACUCUUGACUCAAAUCAAACCACAACAUCCUGCAAGCCCAUUACUUCACCCCCUCUUCCCCCGAAGAAAAAGUCAUCCCGUCCACAGUAUCCACUUCCACAUGCCCUUCCUCACCAAAAUUGCCCGCAAUCACAGCAUCAGUACCAAUAUUCAGGUUUGGGGAAGUAUUGGGGGGAUCUCAACAUACUCAACUACAGUGACUUCAUGAAUCGCCGGCUGAAAUAUCCUGAAGGUGCCUCUCAAUUAGACCAGGUAUCCUUCACCACUGGAAACUUGUGUGGGCCCUGGUAUGACCUCUGGGCAGAGGAUCCUUCUGUGGGCGAUGUAUAACCAGCAAUCUGUUUGUAGGCAACUGUUAAACUUGUACCUAAUCAGUUAUAACUAUAGAUACAAAGUAUGUUUGCGGGAUUUUUACAGCACAAGAACUGUCGAAUCCUAGUGACUGUUACAUUAACAGACGCCAGAAUGAGGUUAUUUACUUUUAACAUUUUUGUCUUGCAUGUGCAUAAAAUUUUAAGACUUUUGUAACUAUUGCUUAUUACUGAAUCAUAUUGUUAUGUUUUACAGUGACUAUUGCUUUUCGUUAAUAUUUCCAUAAAGCUUUUCAUACCUUAAACGGAGGUGCCAAACCUAACAUUUGAAAAAGAUAUCCAAGUUUUAGCUAUUUUUUUCUUAAACCCAAUGAGGGGACACAAAACAUUACCAGCUUUUAGUUGGUAAUGUAUAGUUAAUUUGUAUUGCCUGAUUAAGUCUAAUGUACAUUUUGCCAUAUUCAAAUUGCUGUAAAUAAGAGAAAAAGAAUUUCAAGAGUCAUUCCUAGCUUUCCAUACUUCUCUUUGUAUAUAAUACCCUGUCUUACCUCUCACUGUCACACCAAAAGAAAAUUUUUAAUUAGAUUUAGUACCUCUAUUUGAUGCCUCAGUUUGUACACUGUCUGUAUCUGUAUGUUAUAAUGUGCCUGCAUGCAAUUGCCCUGUUUAUGUUAAGGGUUUUUUGUGUUAUAUUUUAUAUCAGCAGUACUUAGUUCUUAAUAUUUUAUAUGCUAUAUAAUAUCCUAACGAACAUGUUCUUUCGAUUCUUGUGUUCUUCAGUGUUAAACAAUCUUAGGUACCCAUACUCGAGGAUGUUUUCUGUGAUAUGUGUAAGGUUACAGAGUUCUGUCUGAAUAACACGUAAGUUAUAAUUGCAAUUCUAAGUUAUCUUUCAGUGUUUCUAUUUAAUUAUAUUUUUGUACCUCUGUUGUAAAUGCUUUUGUACAAAUGUUUUAUAAUAACUUGGCUUAGCUCACAUUUUAUUACUAUCUUAAAUGAGUUAUGGAUUUGAUGGCUAGUGGAACUACAGUAUUUUUUUAUGCCAAAUUUUUAUUUACAAACACACAUGUUGAAUUAUUAAUGUUCAAGUGAUAUCACGUUAAGAGGUGUACUCUUCUUCUGUGUAUACAUUAUACAAGUACUGAGAAUUACUUUAGUUCAAGACUAAGUUCAGGACUUGGGUAGCUGGUUGGUUAGUGAACAAAUGUCACAGCCUUGACACUUCUCCAGAGGUUGAUAGGCCUUAAGCCCUACACCAAAAACUUCUUCAUGAUUCUUCUCAUAUUUUCUAGUGCUGUAUUGUAUAAAGAGUAUAAUCUCUAUAGAAGUAGAGUACACAUUAAUUAAAGUGACCUAGUGCCUUGAAAUAGUUCUAGAUUAAAACCAUAUUUAAGCCAAGCUAUGAUGAUUCCAAGGUACUGUACUUAUUUUGUGUAUAUGGAUAUCUGUUGUACAAAUAUAUCACUUGUAUAAUAACAUCUAGACCUUUAAGGUAAUUCUGUUGAAUUCAUAAAUAACAACACUUAUCAGGUAAUUAUUCUGCAAGUCAUAACUAUGUUAGUUUUAGUAAAUAUUCAGAUGUUGUGCUUUCUUGUUGCUUGGCAAUGUUGGUAACCAUCGGGUACAUAUUUACUCAGUUGUAUAUAUAUUACAGCAUUACCAGCCAGCUUGUAUUACAGGGUUGCUGGUGGCCUGAGACAAGAACUGCCUCACAAGACAGCCCAGAACUCCUACAAAAAAAAAGAAAAAGUGUACAGAUAGUGAUUACCCGGUAGAACUUGAUGCGACUCCUCUCCCUUGUCAUCUGAUAUACAGUUCAUGCAAUCAGCCUCAAUAUUUUAUAAAUUAAAUUUCAAACAUUAAUUUACUUCUGAAGGUAGUGAUCUUUAUAUUGAUUACUUGAUAAUAUGACAUUUUCAUAAUAAAUGUAGUUUUUACUUAAGAAAUGGAGGAAAGAGGGAAAUUCCAGAUGUAGGAAUUGAUUCGCCAACUGUAUGUGUCACUUGAUCAUCAUCAUAUAUACAGUAUAUUAUCCUGAACCCUGUAAUAUGAAUGUUAUGUGGGUGCUGCUCGAUUUAUUUAGAUAACAAUGUACACAAGUACAAUUGUAGGUUUGUCAAAUAUAUCAUUUUUAUACUUGUACAGCUACAUUAUAAUAUCUGACUUUGUUCUAGUUGCAAAGUAAGAAUAUUAUACACAUACUUGUAUAAUAACAUCUCUUUGUACAUAUAUUUGAGUAGAUUUAACUAUUUAAUUGUGUCACCUGGGUAUUCAAAAGGUGGUAAAAAUAUAGUAGAAUAGUGUACAGUAUUCAAUAAUCUAAAAGAAAGAACUUUGAAGAUAAAAAAAUUAUUGUGGGUAGUGCAUGAAAGUUUUUGAAUGAUAAUAAAGUUUGAAUGAAUUAUAUAUAUUAUAUGUCUGGUGUAUAAGUGUGAGUAGCCAUUUACAUAUUCAGCAUGUAAUUGCCAAAACUUUAAUGCCUAAUGGAAACGGCAGGCUAAAUAAAAUGUUUUAGGAGAUUUAUAAGUAGUACGUGACAGUGGGAAGAACUGUGUGUUUGCCACUCGGCAAGAGUGUGUCUGUGCUACUGUGCUACUAGGAAUCUGUUAAUGUUGUGAUAGGAGUGAGCAAAGCAGUAUCAUACUCUAUGUAAUUUUUUAAAGUUGACAAUGAUCGAGUAUAGUGUUGGUAAAAUAGUUUUAUAUAAAAAAUCACUUAGUAUUUGCCUUAUUUAUUUUAAACCAUUUCCUAAAAUAUAACCCUAAAAUUACCAUGUUAUGUAGCAAGCUAUUUUCAUUAAAAAAAAAAGGCAGAUUUCAUGUACAGUAAAUUAAUACAAUUUGCCUGAAUUUCCAAAUAUAUGCCAUCUUUGACAGCAAUGCUGCCUUACCAUUGACAAGGUUCCUAAGGUACUCUGUGCAGUUUAGAAUCUCAAAAGCAGCAUUGUUAGAUACUUGAUCUGCCUUUAAAUAAAGAUAAAUAAAUUUUUUAUUAUA